GAAGGAUAUAAUGAUUAGAGAAUUUUGAUAAAGAUUGUUUCUGGUUGAUUUUAUGUCUAAUCUUUGUAUGUCGUCUGUUACUUGAAAAGCUAUGAUUUAGUGUGUAUUGACCAACUUAGAGGCAGUCACUCCUCUCAAAUGGGUCGGAAAAUCAAGAUUCUUAUGUUGGAAAAGUGCUUUGGAAUUCAGAGUUCGUUACUUGCCAUUGCAUGAAAUAAAUCCCCGUCCUUCUCUUGUCUUGGUAUCUAUUUAUAUAUUUAUAUAAAAUAUAAUGAUAAAAGGGAAUGGCAUCAGAAAGUUAAUUAUGACAGUUCAAAAGCAUCAAUGCCACACUGCUGCAGAGAGUCAGUGCGGGAUUGAAGGAAAAAGCUUAUUCUAUGUUUGAUAUGAUUUCAUUUCCAUGAUUGAAAAGUUGUCUCUUUAAUCUUCUUGGACCCAUUCAUCAAAUAAUAUCGUAUCAUAUGUUUUCCUUUUCUCUUUUUUUUUUUUUUGUUCUCAGCUCCAAUGCAUCAAAAAGUAGUAUUGAAUUUCAUGUUUACGUAGUCCUAAGUAAAUCAGUUGGUCAUUUUCCAUUGAAGUUUCAAGAAAUUGUCCAGUUUGGAAUUGCAUCCUAUAAAAUGACCUACUUCAACUGCAUUUUUAAUUUCAAUUCAAUUCAACGUACCUUUCCCUGAUCAUUAUUGGAGUCUUGAACAGCAAGAGACAACUUGCGUUUGACACAAGAAUCUCCGAAAAGCAGAUUUGUUCUUUUCCUAAAGCAACCAGACUUGCCAUCCUUCCAUUAUCUUUUUUUUUUUUUUUUUUUUUUUAAGAAAAUAUCAAUUAUAUGUUCUGUGCCUUUACCUUUACACUUAAUCGAUACAUGCAAUGAAAAGCUAAGAUUCAUCAACUAUAUAAGUAUUUAUCUCCCAUUAAAAUGCGCAAUACAAGGCCUAUCAUCAUAGCGACCGCAGUUCCUUUCAUAGCAGUUCAUCCUCGCCAUUCAUUAAGAAAUGAAAAGCCCAUUUCAGGAUCAAGUAAUUGGCAUCCCAAUCAACUCAGUUAGGAGGUCAGCAGUAGGAUACUUGCCUGAAACUGAUACUCCAUACUAUAAUUCAGGCAUAGCAGGUUCAGUGCUUAAAAAGAUUAACAAGCUAGGAAAAAAAGCAGAUAUUUUUGCAAGCUGCAUCCGAGAGCAUGUGAGACUGGGGCCAAAGAUCACUGAAACUGUGAAAGGAAAGCUGAGGUUGGGAGCCAAGAUUCUUCAAGUGGGUGGGUUGGAAAGAACUUUCAGGCAGUUAUUUACAGUUACUGAAGAUGAGAAGUUUCUCAAUGCUUCCCAAUGCUAUCUGUCCACCACAGCAGGUCCAAUUGCAGGACUCCUAUUUAUCUCUACUGUCAAAGCUGCCUUUUUCAGUGAGAGAUCUCUCAAAUUUUCUCCACGAAAUGGGAAAUCAGUUAGUUUUCAUUACAAGGUCUUGAUUCCACUUGGCAAGAUAAUGACUGUGAGGCAGAGUGAGAAUAUGAAGAAGCCAUCACAGAAGUUUAUGGAAAUAGUUACUGUAGAUAAUUUUGAUUUCUGGUUUAUGGGUUUCCUGAAUUAUCAAAAGGCUUUCAAAUAUCUUGAACAAGCAAUCUCCCAAAGCUCAGAUGAUAUGUAGUUCACUUACUAGUGACUUGAAAAACCCCUGCUUUUGUAAGAAAGUGUACAUGUAGAAAGGAAAAACUUGGCAAUAUUACAUUGUAUCAAAUUCUGGUUGUCAAUGUAUAUUAUAUCAUCUGUUCUUGAGCCAUUA